AUGACGGUGACUCAUAACAAGAUGCUCCGGACUCGCUCCCACUGCAGCUCAUUAAUUCCUCCGGCGCAGCCGAGCCAACGCCAACCUCCACAGCCACCGGAUCCGUCAGUUCCACCGGAUCCGGUCCUUGCAACACAUUCGACCUCUACCUCUCCGCUGUGGUCGCCGAUGAUGCCCAGCCGGCCAUCCUUCCUCAUCGUUUUCAUCGAGAUCUGUUGUCACUCUGGUUCAAUGAUUAUGUUCCGGCGAAGGACCUCCUUCUUCUCUGAUCUUACAUUAGUUUCCGUCGUGGGAGUUAUAUCUCAACAGAAGCUCCGGCGAUGA